GGGCAAGAACAGGACUGCGCCACCACCCGCCUGGACAUGGAGCUGCUGUCGCCGCCGCUGCGCGACGUGGACUUGACGGGCCCUGACGGCUCUCUCUGCUCUUUUGCCACAGCCGACGACUUCUAUGACGACCCGUGUUUCGACUCCCCAGACUUGCGCUUCUUCGAGGACCUAGAUCCUCGCCUAGUGCACGUGGGCGCUCUCCUGAAGCCCGAGGAGCAUUCGCAUUUCCCUGCGGCCGCGCACCCGACCCCGGGCGCUCGCGAGGACGAGCAUGUGCGCGCACCCAGCGGGCACCACCAGGCGGGUCGCUGUCUACUGUGGGCCUGCAAGGCGUGCAAACGCAAGACCACCAACGCCGACCGCCGCAAGGCAGCCACCAUGCGCGAGCGGCGCCGUCUGAGCAAAGUCAACGAGGCCUUCGAGACGCUCAAGCGCUGCACGUCAAGCAACCCAAACCAGCGGCUGCCCAAGGUGGAGAUUCUCCGUAACGCCAUUCGAUACAUAGAGGGCUUGCAGGCACUGCUGCGCGACCAGGACACCGCGCCCCCUGGUGCCGCCAGCGCCUUCUACGCUCCGGGCCCGCUGCCCCCCGGCCGAGGCGGCGAGCACUACAGCGGCGACUCGGACGCUUCCAGCCCGCGCUCCAACUGUUCCGACGGCAUGACGGACUACAGCGGCCCCCUGAGCGGCGCCGGGAGGCGGAACUGCUACGACACCGCCUACUACAGCGAAGCGCCCAGCGAAGGCAGGUCCGGGAAGAGCGCAACCGUCUCGAGCCUCGACUGCCUGUCCAGCAUUGUGGAGCGCAUCUCAACCGAGAGUCCCGCGGCGCCCGCGCAUCUGCUAACCGACGCGCCUCCGGGGUCGCCCUCCGGCCCGCCAGAGGCGGUCGUUCUGAGCGAGAGCGAGCUCACUGCCCCCACCCCAUCACCGGAAGGCGCCACGCCGUGUCCUGAGGGCACGAACCCCAACCGAAUCUACCAGGUGCUCUGA